AUGGUCUCAGAUCAUGCUGGAACGUUCGACAACCUGACCGAACGAAGCUUUUAUGCAAGCUCUGCGAGAAUCGCCCGAAGCCAUGGUGUUGCUGAGCGUGGCAACGGCAGCCUCAACCCAAAACGCGAUCAUGAUGAAACCAAUGACUCCGGGUGCCACAGUGAUGUCAUUCACGAAGAGGAGAAGGAGGAGGCGAUUGACUACGACGAGUUAUUGCUUUCGCCGCGGACUACGGCCUGCCAAGACUGCGCUGAACGCAAACGAAUGUCUUCAACUCGCAGAUCAUUAUCGCGGACAGAUGGCGAGGCUGGACCUCAAAUGCAAACUCACCUCAACGAAGCCUCGUAUGACCGUACACGACGUGGCUCGAUUGAUUUUUUUGUUACCAAACUCGACAGCAACAUGUGGUAUGAGCCGAGAUCAGAGGCAGUAGCAAUGGAGAGACCGACAAGCAGCACCGCGGCAACUGUGGCGGAAUUAGCAUGGACGACAACGAGCACAGGAAGGCCCCAGCUGCCGGAGAGAAGGUCAACACUUCUGCAUCCAACGUCGCCGCCAGUCGAAACAAUAGCAACCACCUCACGAAGCGCAGAGACGUUUCCAUUCUCUCAACUUGUGCAUAUCCUACAACCGCCAAUGGAGCAAUCCUCCUCCAGCGUCACGAGCAAGGAAUCGACGUUACUACACCCUUCAUCCCCAUUGACAGAGAGAAGGCGGGUGCCGUCGCACCAUAUUGAGAGGCCUCACCCGGUUCAACAAACUAUAAAGAUACUGCGUCAGGCGGCCCUGCAACGCAAAACCUCGACUCUUCUACACCCAUCGCACCCUGAAGACAACAGCGGCAUAGCACUGCAGCACGAAACCUUCAUCGCCGUCCAACACCAGACCGUCCUGACGAGAAGGUCAUCAACGUUACUCCAUCCUUCGCCCCCAUCAACGCCACCCGUCCAACAGCGUCCAGAUAAACCCCUCCUCCACAAAGCUUCAUCCGCGCCGGAAUCCUCUACAAAAGCAAGAGCGCGCCGCGCGUCGAUCCUGCACUCAAGUGGCUCCGAUGAGGAAGAUGACGAGGCCUACGACGGAACACGCUUCUCCUACCUUCCACGUAUGCGAUUGAUCACCUCGGAACUAGACGCGUACAGCCUCGUGUAUACUAGGGGCGCUGAUGAAGAAGAUUCAAUGGAAGCGUUUGGAGGACAAGGUGGUGGAGUUGAAAGUGAUGCGAAAGCUGUGCUUCUCGCUAAUCCGGUGAGAGUGGCGAGGGCGAAUUUUCGGAGAAGAGUACACAGUGGAUAA